UCUGGGUGGCUUUUCUGCUUUGUAUAAGAUGGACCAACAAUUGACCCCAAGUGAGUGCAACAUAAUGAUGCUCUACAGGAUCUUUGAUAAUUAUACUGUGAGAAAGGUAGCUGAACUGACUGAGAAGGAAUUCAAACAGUUGGUGAGAAGUGAAUUUCCAUAUUUUCUCAAGGAUAUACUAGAUCGUCCUUUAAAUAGACUAUUGAAUGAACCAAAGGAUCACAGCUUUGAAGAGGCUUUGGACAUGAUAGGAAGAAUUGGAAUGGUGUACUAUAAGAAGAUGAACAACAUUGCUUUUGAACAUUAGCAUCAUCACAUUGAUGUGCCUGGCAUUUAGGAGGGGGACAUAGCCAUGUCAACAGCUCCUAAGCAGGAGUUCUGCCCACCUUUCUUCUGUCCAACCAGGGCUUCAGAAAUUUACUGUCACAGGCAUUGAAAUUAUGGAUGUAUAUGGAAGUUUCAGGGAAAUAAAUUCUUUCUCCA